AUGGCCAAGAGAAGGCACAAGAACCGGACUCAUGUUAAGCCAUCGGAGGAGGAAUUGAAACAAAUUCCGAAGUCCAUGGUGAUCAGGGUCGGACAGACAUCGCUGUCGAACCACUCUUUAAACCAAUUGGUUAAGGACUUCCGGAUGAUCAUGCAACCGCAUACUGCCGUCCGUCUCAAGGAGCGCAAAUCCAACAAGCUUAAGGACUUCGUGGUGAUGUGUGGACCUCUGGGUGUCUCACAUCUGUUCAUAUUCACGCAGUCUGAGAAAACCGGUAACGUGUCUCUGAAAGUCGCCCGCACGCCGCAGGGGCCGACGGUGACGUUCCAGGUAUUGGACUACUCGCUGGGCAAGGAUAUCAAGCGGUUCCUCAAGCACCCGAAGUCCUUGGGGAAGGACGAUAUUCUGAAUCCGCCGCUGCUUGUGCUGAAUGGCUUUGACAUAAAGAACGAGGACGAGGGCCGCGCAAACGUUGAAAAGGUGGUGGUCUCCAUGUUCCAGAACAUAUUUCCACCGUUGAACCCGGCGCGCACACAGCUGUCCUCCAUCCGCAGAGUAUUCAUGAUUAAUAAGGACCAAGAGACCGGCGAAUUGUCGCUGAGACACUACGCUAUCGACAUACGCCAGGUAGAUAUCUCGCGUAACCUGAAACGACUCUACCGCUCCAAGAAUAAGCUCAACAAAUCGGUUCCAAACCUGCACAAGAAGGAUGAUAUCGCAUCUCUGAUCUUGGACCACGACGUGGGUGCGUACACAUCCGAAUCGGAGGUCGACGACGAUGCCAUUGUCCGUAUUAUAGACCAGCGGGACACCCGUGUGGCUGCCAAGGAGCCUGUGGCUGCUAAUGGCGAGGAAGACGGCGACGUAGAUAUGGAAGAUGCCCAGGACGACGAUGUUGAGGAACCCGCCCUUGAAGACGAUACUCCGCAACCAAAGAAGCGCGCCAUCAAGCUUACAGAGGUGGGUCCACGUCUCACACUCAAGCUGGUCAAGAUCGAAGAGGGUAUAUGUAGCGGCAAGGUGCUCCACCACGAGUACGUGCAAAAGACAGAUGCUGAGAUCAGGGCUCUCGAGAAACGUCAUGCGCAGAAGCUGAAGCUGAAGGAGCAGCGCCGGAAGGAGCAGGAGGAGAACAUUGCUCGCAAGAAGGCCGUGAAGGACGCCAAGAAACAGCGCAAACUGGAGAGGAGGAAGCUACGUGAAACCGCUCCGGAGGGGGAGAAACCAGCGGAGUCCUCGGCUGACGACUCAUCGAGUGAAGACGACUAUAGCGACGUGCCGGAAGACUUGGACAGCGACCUCUUCAGCGAGGUUGACAAUUAG